GGCCCACCCAGAAUCCUUGCGCAGGAACUUCCUGCGAAAGGCUUUCGCAGGAAAUCCGCGUCCGGUUAAAAGGCUGGAAGCCGGGAAAUAGCCCAACAGACGGGUCGGGCGAGUCACGGAGUAGUCAGGCAAUGAGUUCUCACGCACUGGUUGGAGGUGGAAGCCUCUUCUCUGGCUUUACGCGGCUGUGCAAAGGGCUAUCGGUGGUGCUUUUUGGAGGAUAUGCCAUACUCCAGAUUCUCCCCUUGGCUGUGUCUUAUCUUGCACUGAUUCCUGCAACGACAAUUCCAUUUGUUUGGACCCUCAUAACAGCUGGUUACAUUGAGCAAUCUCUUUUUGGGGUGGCCAUCAACAUAGUUGGUCUUCUUUUCAUUGGGAAGUUGCUAGAACCAAUAUGGGGUUCCAAGGAGUUCUUCAAAUUUGUUGUUGUGGUCAACUUUUUAACUUCUGUCUGCAUCUUGAUCACAGCCAUAGCAUUGUACUACAUAACAAGGCAGGAAAGGUUCCUUUAUACACCUCUUUGUGGCUUUCACGGGGUCCUUUCAGGAUUCCUGGUUGGUCUCAAGCAAAUUAUACCUGAUCAGGAGCUGGGUGUAUUGAAGAUCAAAGCAAAGUGGUUGCCGUCCCUCGUUGUGUUGGUGUCAAUAGCUGCAAGCUUCUUCACAGCAGAUUCAGCAUCAUAUCUUCCAACUUUGAUAUUUGGCACUUAUAUCAGCUGGAUUUACCUGCGUUAUCUCCAAAGGAAGCCAGAAGCAAACCUUCAAGGUGACCCAAGUGACGAGUUUGCCUUCUCCACGUUCUUCCCUGAAUCUUUGCGUCCAGUUCUGGAUCCUAUUGCUUCGGUGUUUGAUCGGAUGCUUUGUCGAGGAUCCAAAAUUUCCAACGAAGCUAAGGGCCAUACAUUGGGAGGUACUCCAUUGCCUGGUUCUGACCCCAUUGCGGCAUCCAGGAGGAGAGAGUGGGGGGCACGGGCACUGGAAGAAAGAUUAGCAGCACAGAAGUCAUCCGCAGCUGGGAGUGUGGAAGGCCCAUCACAUAGAGAUGUGUCCGAGACUGUUUGACAAGAUUCCCAAGGGGGAUUUUGACUAUAUUAGCCUUGUGUGGUAUUGCCAAAAAUCCCAAAAUCUGACCUCUCAAAUAUAUUCCUUAUUAGGCCUUAUCACUUUUUGAAGAAUUAGUGGAAGAAAAUGCCCCUGCUUUGGAACUUGGUGUCCAUAUGGAGAUUCUUUUUCUUAUUUCUUUGCUGUUUUUGUGGGGCUUCUUCUUCCUUUUCAAACAUGUCUUUCAGGGUCCCAUCAUCACCCCUUUCAACUAUAUUUUCCAGCAUACGCUGAUUGUCAUUAACUUCUCUGGCGUAUGAGCACCGGUAACAACUUUUAAGGCCCUAAAAAAUUAUUGUUUUUGCUUUGACGACUGCAUUUGUUAGAGAUAGAAGCUACAUAUAUUAGGAAGACAUUUUAAAUGAAUUUUUUAUUUUAUUUUUUGUAUAAUAACAUUAUCUUACAUAUGAAAGUCACUUUUGAUUGUGGAUAGAGAGA